AUGUCCUACGCAUCCCUCAGCGUCAAGGACCUGACCAGCCUUGUAUCAAGAUCCGGAACCGGUUCGACUUCUUCUCCCAAGCUUCCGGGUCAGAACCGACCCGUUAAGGUCAUCCCGCUCCAGCACCCUGACACCUCCGAUGAUGCUCGUCCUCCAUCGAUCCCUUUCGACGAUAUCUUAUCCGGAUGGAGGGCGAAGAUCAAGCGGAUGAGCCUCGUGGAUUGGGUUGAGACUCUGUUUCCUUGCUUCAGAUGGAUUCGAACUUAUAAAUGGAGUGAGUAUUUUAAGCUCGAUCUCAUGGCUGGUAUCACCGUUGGUAUAAUGCUUGUUCCUCAGGCAAUGUCGUAUGCAAAGCUAGCUGGCCUUCCACCAAUAUACGGUCUAUACUCAUCGUUUGUGCCGAUAUUUGUCUAUGCCAUAUUCGGCUCAUCUCGUCAGCUUGCAAUCGGACCUGUGGCAUUGGUGUCUCUUCUUGUCUCCAAUGCUUUGGGAGGAAUCGCUGAUUCGUCUGAGGAAGAAUUACAUAUUGAACUUGCUAUUUUGCUGGCUCUUUUGGUUGGAAUAUUGGAGUGCAUCAUGGGGCUCUUAAGGCUUGGAUGGCUUAUUCGUUUCAUUAGUCACUCGGUCAUAUCUGGAUUUACAAGUGCUUCGGCCAUUGUGAUUGGAUUAUCUCAAGUUAAAUAUUUCUUGGGGUAUAACAUUGCUAGGAGCAGCAAGAUUGUGCCACUAGUUGAGAGCAUUAUAGCUGGAGCUGAUAAGUUUCAAUGGCCACCUUUCUUGAUGGGAUCUCUCAUUCUAGUAAUCCUUCAAGUGAUGAAGCAUGUGGGGAAAGCAAAGAAGGAACUUCAGUUCUUACGAGCAGCAGCGCCACUCACAGGGAUAGUUCUCGGUACAACCAUUGCGAAAGUGUUCCAUCCACCUUCCAUCUCUCUGGUGGGAGAAAUACCUCAAGGACUUCCAACUUUUUCUUUCCCAAGAAGCUUUGAUCAUGCAAAAACAUUGCUUCCAACAUCAGCUCUCAUUACAGGUGUUGCCAUCUUGGAAUCUGUGGGUAUAGCCAAAGCACUUGCAGCAAAAAACAGAUAUGAGUUGGAUUCAAAUUCAGAGUUGUUUGGUCUUGGUGUUGCAAAUAUAUUGGGGUCAUUAUUUUCAGCAUACCCAUCUACAGGAUCAUUUUCUAGGUCAGCUGUGAGUAAUGAAAGUGAAGCUAAGACCGGUUUAUCAGGACUUAUAACAGGAAUCAUCAUUGGAUGUUCUCUACUGUUCUUGACACCAGUGUUCAAAUACAUACCACAGUGUGCUUUGGCAGCAAUAGUGAUCUCUGCUGUUAGUGGCUUGGUAGACUAUGAUGAAGCUAUCUUCCUAUGGCGAGUGGACAAGAGGGAUUUUACACUAUGGACCAUCACUAGCACCACAACUUUGUUCUUUGGAAUAGAGAUUGGUGUCCUUGUUGGUGUUGGUUUCUCACUAGCAUUCGUUAUCCACGAGUCUGCAAACCCUCAUAUUGCUGUCUUGGGGCGUCUUCCAGGAACCACAGUGUACAGAAACGUGAAGCAGUAUCCAGAGGCUUACACAUACAACGGGAUUGUGAUUGUCAGAAUCGAUGCUCCUAUUUACUUUGCCAACAUAAGCUACAUUAAAGACAGACUUCGAGAAUAUGAAGUUGCUGUUGACAAAUACACAACCAAGGGACCAGAGGUGGAGAGAAUCUCUUUUGUUAUCCUGGAAAUGUCACCUGUUACUCAUAUUGACUCGAGCGCAGUGGAAGCCUUAAAAGAAUUGUAUCAGGAGUACAAAGCAAGGGACAUUCAGCUAGCGAUCUCAAAUCCGAACAAAGACGUUCACAUGACAAUAGCGAGAUCAGGAAUGGUGGAGCUUGUUGGAAAAGAAUGGUACUUUGUGAGAGUGCACGACGCAGUACAAGUGUGUCUUAACUGCGUACAGAGCUCUAGCUUGGAAGAGAAGAAACCAAGUUUCUUGAGAAGGUUUAGCAACAAUAACGGUUCAUCAUCAUACAAUGAUCUUCAAUCCUACAACACUUUGUUGAAGGAGCCAUUGUUGCCAGUGGAGAAGUAAAGUAUCAUGUAAUGUAUAAGUAUCUAUGUAUAGUUGUUGCCAUUUUGUAAUCAACAAAAUAUACUGUUAUUAUUUUUCCUCUUAACACAGUAAUAUCAGAGGCUAAGACCA